AUGAAUGUUAAUAAAUUUAACCCCCUACGCGGUACUUCAUACAUAGAUCUUCCUCGUGACAUAAAAUUAAAAAAGGCUGUUAUAAAUGUAAAAAACAAGGAUUAUUUUUGUUUUAAAUGGGCGUUACUCUCGGCGUUAUAUCCUGUAAACAAACACACCGAUCGGGUAUCAUCGUACGUUAAACAUGCAAAUAAACUUAAAUUUGAUGGUAUUUCCUUUCCGGUUAAAAUUUCUGACAUAGCAAAAGUAGAGAAAUUAAAUGAUAUUAGUAUUAAUGUUUUUGGGUUAGAAUAUAAUAAAGAAAAACGAUGUAAUUCUAUAGUAGGUCCAUUAUUUUUAACAAAUUAUGAAAAAAAGUUAAAGAUACCAUUCGUAGUUUAUGCUGAUUUUGAAGCAUUUUUAAAACCAAUAGAAUCAUGUUCUAACGAUCCUUCCAAACCUUUCACUCAUAAUAUUCAGAAACAUGAAGUACAUAGUUUUGGAUAUUAUAUAAAAUGUUCAUAUGAUGAUAAAUUAUCAAAAUAUGUAACAUAUUGUGGACCCAACUGUGCACAAGUGUUUAUGGAAAGUUUAUCUAACAAUCUAAAAGAAAUAAAUAGACUUCAAAAAUAUCCACCACUUCCGCUAACAAAUGAAGACAAAAACCAAAUUUCAAAUGCAACCAUUUGUCAUAUUUGUGAAACUGAGUUGGCAAAACAUUUUUAUGAUUUUGAUUGGUACACUGGUAGUUUUAUAGGUGUUGCUCAUGAAUCAUGUUGUUCGAAGAUCAGAACACCUAGUUAUAUACCAAUAUUUUUACACAACCUUAGUCACUAUGAUGCUCAUUUUAUUGUUCACGCGUUAAACUUUUGUGAUGGUGAAGUCGAAGUUAUCCCUCAAAAUAAAGAAAAAUAUAUAUCCUUUUCCAAAAAAUUAAAAGUGAAUAACCACGAAAUUAUAUUGAGAUUCUUAGAUUCAUUUAAGUUUUUAUCGUGUAAAUUAGAAGAAUUGGCCAAAAAUCUCAGUAAUGAUCAAUUUCAAGAAUUACGUAGAAAUUACCCUAAUGAUGAAGAUUUCUUUCGUUUAAAACGGAAAGGUGUUUAUCCAUAUGAACUUAUGACUAAUUAUGAUAGUUUAAAUCUAACAUCGCUCCCUGAACAAAAAUGUUUUUAUAGUUCACUCACAGAUUCACAUAUUUCAAAUGAUGAUUACAAUCAUGCUAAAGAUGUUUGGGAACAUUUUGGGUGUUGUAAUAUGCUAGAUUAUUCAAACCUAUAUUUAAAAACAGACGUUUUACUUUUAUCCGAUGUAUUUGAAAACUUUAGAAAGUUAUGUAUUAAUACAUAUGAUUUAGACCCUGUCCAUUAUUACACAGCACCCGGUUUAAGUUGGGAUGCAAUGUUAAAAUAUACAAAAAUAGAAUUAGAACUUUUAACAGAUUAUGAGAAAAUUGCAUUUAUUAGAUCAGGUAUCAGAGGUGGUGUAUCUCAAUGUAGUAAUCGUUAUGCUAGAGCUAAUAACAAAUACAUGGAGGAUUAUGAUACAGGGAAACCAAAUUCAUAUAUCACAUAUUUUGAUGCCAACAAUUUAUAUGGUUGGGCUAUGUCUCAAUAUCUUCCUACUGGUGGAUUCGAAUGGGUAAAUCCAAAUACAGAAUUUAAUGUGUCUAAGACAUCAGACUUCGGUUUUAUUUUAGAAGUUGAUUUGGAAUAUCCAGAUGAACUUCAUGAUUUACAUUCGGACUUUCCUUUAUGUCCAGAAAACAUUUGUGUAGGCAAUAUUAAUGAGAAUAAACUAGUCCCAAAUUUAAAUAAUAAAGAUAAAUAUGUAAUUCAUUACAGAAAUUUAAAGCAGUGCAUAGAAAUGGGGGUUAAAUUAACUAAAAUUCAUAGAGUUUUAAAAUUUAAACAGUCUCCCUGGUUGAAGAUGUACAUAGAUCUAAACACAAAAUUAAGAACUUUAGCAAAAUCAGAUUUCGAAAAAGAUUUUUAUAAAUUAAUGAAUAAUUCAGUCUUCGGUAAGACUAUGGAGAAUAUUGAAAAAAGGGUUAACAUAAAAUUAGUUACGCACUGGGAGAACCAGGGUAAAGCUUUAGGUGCUCAAGAUCUAAUCGCUAAACCACAAUUUCAUAGCCUUUCAAUAUUUUCGGAAAACCUAGUUGCGGUUCAGUUGCGAAAAACGAAGUUAAUAUAUAACAAACCAAUUUAUUUAGGGUUUUGCAUUUUAGAUAUUUCAAAAACAUUAAUGUAUGAUUUUCAUUAUAACUAUAUGAUUAAAAAGUUUAGUAAAAUCAAAUUAUUGUAUACAGAUACGGAUAGUUUAAUAUAUCAUAUAUUUACAAAUGAUUUUUACACUGAUAUAAAACCUGACCUUUCAUCAUACUUUGAUACCUCAGAUUAUGAUACAAAUAAUAUUUUUGAAUAUCCAAAAUUAAAUAAAAAGAAAUUAGGUUUUUUUAAAGAUGAAAAUAAUGGUAAAAUCAUGAAAGAAUUUGUGGGUUUACGAUCCAAAAUGUACGCUUUUAACUUAGAGAAUAAGACUAUAGCCAAGGCAAAAGGGGUAAAUAAAUGUAUCACUAAAAAGAUGACAAUGAAUAGUUAUAAGUCUUCUCUAUUUAAUAAAAAAGUGCAAUAUUAUAGUAUGCUUAGAUUUAAAUCAAUUAAACACACAAUUUUCACACAAAAAUUAAAUAAGAUAGGUUUAUCAUAUAAUGACACAAAGAGACAUAUUUUAGAUAAUAAUAUUGAAACAUUAGCUUGGGGUCAUUAUAAACUGCGUUAA